GUGGCUGAAAGUGGAGCCAAGAUUAGUCCUUUUGGGCCUUUCAAUGUUGCCGAAACAGUGGAGGCUCAGGGUUCUUUCGAACGACCACAUCAAAUUAUCUCCGCAGGCUCGAUCGCCAGACGCGCCCGAGAAAGGUGACCCGAAAGGCAGUACAACCCACAGAAUAGCCACGAUUCUCCAAUAUGUAUCAUUGAUAUACGUAAUCCCGCUGUGGCUUCUUUGGUUGUGCUCUCGCUUUAGUCAGGACGUCGAUGUUUCAGGUCUGAUCCAAUGAUGCUUACACGACGGUACAGCUGCAAAGGGUUGAGAGCAGCGCUCGGUUUGGGACUCAGCAUCUUGUUGAUUGUUUGGUUAAACCCAAACUGGACUGACCGUUCCAUUCACCAAGUUUCGGGCUUCGAUACCAAAACUUUUGACCUCAACGACAUUGACGCGAGGCAUCAGCUAUGCCGGCAGCACGGGUGGACUGCCUGGAAGGAAAAGGGGUUGGGCAAGUCGCCGCGAAAAAUAUUCGACUUAUUCAUGGUGAACUCGGAACUUGACUGGUUGGAGAUCCGUCUGAACACGACAUUCGACCUUGUUGACUACUUUGUCAUCGUUGAAUCUCCAAAAACUUUCACAAACCUUGACAAGCCGAUGACCAUUAAAAAUAACCUGGACAAAUUCGCCGCCUAUCGCGACAAGAUCAUUUAUCAUGAGCUCAAAAUACCCGAAGGGUUCCAUUCCGACCGGGAGAACCCGGCGUGGGCGUGGGAAGACCUCCAGCGCAAUGCAAUGUACGACCAAGUCCUCCCACGCCUCGAACACUCCCAAGCUCCGGAGCUAGGGGAUGUGAUCAUCGUCGCGGAUGUCGACGAGAUCAUCCGUCCGGAGACUCUGGUGCUCCUCAAGUCAUGCAAUUUCCCACGCCGGCUGAACCUCAGGAGCAGCUUCUAUUACUAUAGCUUCCAGUUCCUGCACAGUGGGGCUCAGUGGAUACAUCCUCAAGCGACAUACUACCAAGGAUGGAGAACGAUACUGCCCGUCAACUUGCGGAACUGGGACGGAGGGUUACAACCUCUUGUCAAACUCGAGACGGCCGAUCUCUGGAAUGCUGGCUGGCAUUGUUCAUCUUGCUUCUCCACGAUUCAAGAGUUUCUCAAUAAGAUGUCGUCAUUUUCUCAUGUAUGGAUGAACCAAGAGGUGUAUCGCGAUAGAGAUCGUAUUGCAAAUUAUGUCAGACAGGGGAAGGAUCUGUGGGAUCGAGAGGGCGAGGAGUUUUUGAGGGUCGAGAACAACGAAGAUAUACCUCCCAUGCUGCUAGACGAGCGAGACAGGUUUUCGUAUCUUGUGGAUCGGGAUGGUCCUAGUGCUGGUUUCAGGGACUACCCGUAAAUAGUCUUGAAGUAAUAAUAUACUAUUUGCCUUUCUUUUCUGCUGGC